CACAGAGUGUCCUGGAUGGACUGGGUCAGACACUGGCCUCUGCACCACGAUCUAUGGAGGAUGGGAAGACUGCUUCAGCUACUGAUAUUGGCUUUGAUUCUAUUGAUCUGCAUUUAUCUUUUAUUUGUAUGUCAAUUCAACCAGUGCCUGCUGAAUGUGUCACCAUCCAUUCAUCUCAAAUACAACCACACUAGCUUCACAAGUUGUAGUGGAAUCACCAACAGGACAUUUACACCAACCAAUGACUCCUUAGUAAGUAAAGAGGAAUGGGAAUCUCUGCUCACAGAGCUACAAUGGUCAUUACCGCCUGUUGUCCCCUUAUCCACAGAUGAGGCCACAAACCCCACUAAGUGCUCAUUCUCUGUCAAGCCCAAUUCAAACCACACAGUUGGAGGGUUUAUAGAUGUGAUUUUGAUAGCUAGAGAUACUAAAAACAGGAUCAAAACCUAUGGAGGGGACUUUUUUCAGGCCAAGUUGUUUAACUCAGAACUUAAGGCCAGUACUUAUGGAGCUGUAACAGACCACUUUAAUGGCACCUACACUGCCCGUCUGGCCCUGCAUUGGCCCGGACCUGCCAAGGUGUCCAUCCGCCUAGUGCACUCUAGCGAGGCCGUGCAGGUACUGUGUAGGCAAAGGGAACAGGACCCAGAUAAGGUCUACUUCCAUGGCUAUUUUGAGGAGGGUGGCAAGCAGGAAACGGUGAUGUGCAAUGCCCAGAGAAGUCCUAGGCUGGUGGGGAACGAGUCACAGUGUUGCUGUGAGUACAGAGAGCCAGUCACUGGGGAGACCUGGUUCUGUCGUCGGCCAUCUUCCCUGCCUUGCCAUGCUUUGACCUACCACAGCAUGGGCGGUUACCAGGCAGUACUCUCCAAGGUGGAGAUGACCCUUCUAAAGAGUUCCACGAACAUUAUUGUACCAGGUGACAAUUCAGCUAUCGAUGUCCAGCAACAGGACACUGAAAUCCGAUCACAAACAAAAUGCCGUCCUGGUUUGCACACCUCAGUACCAGCUGGAUUCUACCUCCAGGAUCACUGGACAUCCCUGGUGUGUGACUCAAAAUCCUUUCCCUCAGCUAAACUAAUAUCUGGAUGCCUGAAGGACAAACAGAUCCUUAUGAUGGGUGACUCCACUCUCCGUCAGUGGUUCGACUACCUGGAGAAAACUGUGCCAACAUUGAAACGCCUGAACCUUCACACAUCAAGCAAAUCGGGCCCCUUUGAGGCAGUCGACACCCAGUCCAACACCCGUAUUAUCUGGCGGGCCCAUGGGAUACCUAUACGGACAAGCAAGACGCCCUGGGCUGACCUUCACUACAUCGCCAGGGAGGUGGAGGAUAUGGCAGGGGGUGCACACUCUGUAGUGGUCUUCACCAUCUGGGCUCAUUUCACCACGUACCCAUUGGCUAUGUACGCACACCGUCUGGUCGUCAUCCGUAGGGCUGUGGCGUCGCUCCUAAGACGAUCUCCCACUACUCUGGUAGUGAUCAAGUCAGCUAACACGGGCUACAAGGAUGUGUAUGGCAGCGACUGGCUCUCCUGGCAGCUCGACAUAGCACUCAGGGAAAUAUUCAAGGACUUGCCUCUGGUCCUCAUCGACGUUUGGCAGAUGACCUCCUGCCACUAUUCUCCGGACAACAUUCACCCGCCCUCUGUUGUGAUCCAAAAUGAAGUGGAUCUCUUCCUGUCCUUUGUUUGUCCACAGUGAAAAAUGUUGUAGUCAUGCCUGUAAUAACAUUGUGCCUUACUGUAUACAAAAUGCUGUCUCCGAAAGGAUUCUACUGUCACGUUCUGACCUUUAUUUCCUUUGUUUUGUAUUUAUUUAGUAUGGUCAGGGCGUGAGUUGGGUGGGUAGUCUGUUUGUUUUUCUAUGUUUUGGGGUAUUUCUAUGUUUCGGCCUAGUAUG